GCGGUGUACUAUACGUCGAUGAUCAUUGUCUACACAAUGUAUUUAUUGGAUCAUGGUUUGGACUUCUUAAGGCUUCUGCACGUCGUAUAUGUCACUAAGUUAAAAAUGAGUCGACACGAUGGAGUAAGUUGUGACUCUUGUCUGAAAGGAAAUUUUCGAGGUCGCAGAUAUAAGUGCCUGGUGUGUUACGAUUACGAUCUGUGUGCAAGUUGUUACGAGGGAGGGGCUAGUACUACUCGUCAUCUUACAGAUCACCCAAUGCAGUGCAUACUCACAAGAACUGAUUUUGAACUAUAUUAUGGGGGAGAAGGAGUGAGUGUAGAACAACCUCAAUCAUUAACUUGCCCUUACUGCGCAAAAAUGGGUUUUACUGAAGCCACACUUCAAGAGCACGUCACUGCUGAUCAUCCUGAUACAUCUUUUGAAGUGGUAUGUCCUGUUUGCGCAUCUUUACCUGGUGGAGACCCGAAUCAUGUAACUGAGGAUUUCGCUGGCCACCUAACAUUGGAACAUCGUAGCGGACCCAGAGAUUUGAUGUCUUUUUUGGAUGAAUCUGCUUCUACUAGACACAAUGUGCGGCGGAUUCCUCAUCCUUCAAGAGGUGUAGGUGGACCGCGUACACGCAGGUCUAAUAUGCACUUUAGCUCGUCUGGAGGGCUUAGUCCAAGUAAUCGAGAAAGUAUUGAUCCCAUCGCUGAAUUAUUAUCACAAUUGUCAGGAGUACGCAGAACUGGUAGUGGUCAAAGUUCAUCAGCUCCGUCACAAUUGCAACAAUUGCAAAUGCAGUUACAACUUGAGCGUCAGCAAGUUCGCGCUGCAAGGCAGCAAUUGGAACGCUUGCCUAGGAGACAAACACAAGUAAUCGGUUCCGUUAAUAGUGGAGGUGGAAGUAGUACCAGUCAUCCGACAACAAUGGGCACUGUUUUAGCCAACAAUACUGUGAGUAAUAAUAACGUUACCGCGGGAAACAAUGGAGUUUCAUUCUGCGCAUCAUCUUCUACUUUACAAAACUGUUCAUUUUUGAUACCCAGAUGUAUUACUACCACUCUUUCGGACACACAGCUGCAUACUAUUGAACGUGAAAGUGCAAAUCGAAGUUUGUUUGCUAGGGAACUAGUAGUCAGUACGCUUUCUCAAGCUUUAUUGGAUUUAACGAAGACAAAAGAGCAGUUAAACAAAGAAAAUCUGUCGCUAAGAAAUAGUCGAGAUUUAUCGAUUACGAGUCGUUCAACAAAAUCAACGGAAACAAUAAGCUCAAAUCAGGAAGCUAUAUUAGAACAAUGUACUACAGCUAGUAACGAAAAUCUACGGCACUCUUCUAUCCUUCAAACUUCAAGGAAUAAUGCUAAAAUCGAAAUUUUGAAUCAAGAUCUAUCUUUAAAUCCUAGUGAAGUUGUUUCACAGAAUACGGCCAUGGUUCAAGCAUUAAUGCACAACGUAGCACCUCAAGCAAUGGUUUUACAGCAACCACUGUCUCUACCAGUAAGGAAUACAGGAACUGGAACAAUUAGAGAACAAAUAUCUUCUCCAACAGCUGCUUAUAUAAGAGGUGGAAUGAAUUCUGUUGGUGGUUCUCGUAGAAAACCUAUUAGAACUGUAGAUGGCAGAAACCAUUCAGCAGAUCCACCACCACCGCACUAACUUCUUUGCUGAUAAUAAUAAAGAACGAGAACCCUCUAGCGCUAGUCUUAAUAUCGUUUAAAGCAUCGUAUUGUUGUUAUUAUAUUAUUACUUAUUGACUAUUUUUCGUCAAUUCAUACUGCUAUAUUUUCAAGAUUUCGUGUUAUAAACUCAAUCAUGUUAUCGUAUGCAUACGAUGAAUAUCCUAACAAGGAUGUAUAUCGCGGGCAAACAACUAUCAGAUUAUGUAUAUACAGCUCUCAUUGUCAAGGUCGUUUGAGAAAAAAGUCGUAGCUUAAAAAUUUUAAAUCCCCGGUCACGAUACAUCUUUAGCUUUCUAGCGACUGAUUACUUUGCAAGAAGCGCCCAGUAUAGUUAAGGACACCAACUCUAAAGAUUUCUCAUGUGAAUAAACACUCUUUUCACAUUUUUAUUCUAUUUUUCAUCGACAAAAAGAAAACCGAUAUAACGGAUUUGUUAAUCACUCGUGUGUUUUAAUCUAUUUUAAACUACGGAUUGAAGUAUUGUGACCACCCUGGAAGAGUGACACAGUACAACGACCAAACCAAACUAGAACCUAUCAGAAUUAGUUGAAAAAUAGUUUCUUCUAUUACAAAAUUAUUCAGGUGUAAUCACUUUUGUGGUAGAGAAAACGCGAGUUACUAAAAAUUACUUCUAAAAUUGAUUUCUGGGGAUAUCGUUUUGUGGGAAUGACUGUGAAUACAGAAUUUCAUUUUAAAAGUUAAUAAAACGGUUUGAGAAUUA